GUGGGCCGAGAGAUGUUCUAACUUGUAACUUGUCUCGGAAACAGCGGCCCAGCCGCCCAAAUAUCCCAAAGACGGAUCCGACACACUUCCGAAUUCCGAUCCACCCACUUCAUCACCAAGGCCGUCGUCUCUCCCCACGCCGGCCGAACGGAUGGCGGCGGCGCCGACUGCGGAUGCCAUGGACGUCGACGCGCCGGCUAGGACGCUGACUACCUCUCCGGCCACCAAGUUGCGCUCCCCUCACGACCUCCUGGCAGAGACACGCGCCUCCAUCGAGAAAGUCGCAGCCCGGAUACUCGCCAUCAAGAAAGACGGCGCCCCCAAGUCGGAGCUCCGCGAGCUUGUCACUCAGAUGUCUCUGCACCUCGUCACGCUACGCCAAGUGAACAGAGAGAUACUGAUGGAGGAGGACAAGGUCAAGGCGGAGACGGAGGCCGCGAAGGCGCCGGUGGACUCCACGACGCUGCAGCUGCAUAACCUGUUGUACGAGAAGAACCACUACGUGAAGGCCAUAAGAGCGUGUCUUGACUUUCAGACGAAGUAUCCGGGGAUAGAGCUUGUGCCCGAGGAGGAGUUCCAGCGUUCCGCGCCCGCAGACAUCCUUGAGAAGACCCUCGCUGCCGACGCCUCCCACGACCUCAUGCUCAAGCGCCUCAACUUUGAGCUCGUCCAGAGGAAAGAGUUAUGCAAGCUACAUGAGAAAUUAGGACAACAGAGGGGCAGCUUGCUGGAGACAAUUGCUAAUCAGAAAAAGUUUCUUUCAAGCCUGCCAUCACAUUUGAAAUCAUUGAAGAAAGCAUCACUGCCAGUGCAGCAACAGUUGGGGAUGCAACAUACCAAGAAACUAAAGCAGCACCAUGCUGCUGAGUUACUUCCUACUCCGCUUUAUAUAGCAUACACUCAGCUGCUAGGGCAGAAAGAAGCAUUUGGAGAGAAUAUUGAAGUAGAGAUCGCGGGAAGCACAAAGGAUGCCCAAAUAUUUGCUCAACAACAAGCCAAGAAGGAAAACACAGGCACUCUUUCAAGUGGCGACAACAGAAUGGAUGAUGAUGUGAUUGAUGAUGAAGAAGAUGCUCAGAGAAGAAGAUCAAGAUCCAAAAAGAAUGUGGUGAAGGAAGCUAAUAAUCCAGCAGUGGCCUAUCAACUUCACCCACUUAAAAUUAUACUUCAUGUAUAUGAUACUGAAGAUUCUGGUAGCAAACGCCGUAAACUCAUCACCCUGAGGUUUGAAUACUUGGCAAAGUUGAAUGUUGUUUGUGUCGGAAUUGAAGAUUCAGAGGGUCUGGACAGUAAUAUCUUGUCCAACCUAUUUCCAGAUGACACUGGUUUAGAUCUGCCUCACCAGGGAUAUGUUUUGUUACUACAUCUGUAUCUAGUAUCUUCUUGGGGCCUCUCAUUUACGUCAGCUGAAAUAGUGACUUGUCAAUUUUCUCAGAUGGCUAAGAUUUAUGUUGGGGAGGUUCCAAACUUCAGCGACAAGGAUUCAAGGCCAUACAAGUGGGCACAACAUUUAGGUGGUAUCGACUUUUUGCCUGAAGUGCCUCCAUCUGUUGGGGAUGAUUCUAGCAGAGCAUUAAACACUGCUGAUUUGUCAUCUGGGCUUGCUCUGUACCGUCAGCAGAACCGUGCACAGACUAUUUUGCAGAGGAUCCGCUUGCGGAAAGUUGCACAGAUGGCUCUUAUGUGGCAACUUGAUUAUUUGACAAAGCUGAAGUGGCCUCGAAUAGAACAUAAGAAUGCACCAUGGGCAUCACGCAACCCACUGUGCAGUCUACAUAGUUGGUCAUUGACAAGUUAUCCUGAGUCAUCUCGUUCUAUUUUGAUGCUAAGUGGUGCUGCAAGCAAUGUUGACAGUGAUGUAGAGAGAUCUGUGACAAACUGGGAAGAAACUGAGAGUAUCAGGGAGGAUGGGGAGCUUCCAGUUGUUAUUCCUGCUGAGAAUGAGCCAAAUGGUUCUACAAUUUUGCAACCUGAGGUGUCAGCUGAGAUCCGGAGCCAUUCUAGAGGCUUAUCUCUUAUAUCAAAGAGUGCAACACCAUCUAAGCUAAGCAUCUCACGAAGUUUUGGUAGAAAUGAGGACGAUCUUGAUCUCUUGAUGUAUAGCGACAGCGAGUUGGAGGACCAGCCCUGCAUUCUUGACGAAACUGAAAAAGCUACUAGCCCGAUUAGAGACAGAUUCUGGGAGGAGUAUGCUUCCAAGGAAUUCACCAUGGUCCUGAGUAAAACUAUGAAGAAUGGUCUAAAAGUCAUGCUGGAAGCCAAGGUUAAGAUAAGUAUGGAGUAUCCUCUUAGACCUCCCCUUUUCAGAUUACGUUUGCUCUCAGAAAAGUCUGAAAUUUUGAAGUGGCACAAUGAUCUUCGUGCAAUGGAAGCUGAGGUAAAUCUUCACAUCCUUCGAAGCAUACCUCUAUCAUAUGAGGAUUAUAUAUUGACUCACCAAGUUAUGUGCCUGGCUAUGCUGUUUGACAUGCAUUUUGAUGAGGAAAACGAGAAAAGAAAAGUCACUUCAGUGAUCGAUGUUGGUCUUUGCAAACCUGUUAGUGGAACUAUGCUUACUAGAUCGGUUAGGGGUAGAGACAGAAGGCAAACUAUUUAUUGGAGAGGUGCUGAUUGCUCUUCCAGUUACUUGUAGAGUAUGUGCGAUCUUGAUUGGUCUUGGUUGAGUUCAGCAUUGACUACCCUCUGGAGAAAUCAUUUCUGGGCAUUGGAGAACUGCAUAUAUAACUUAAGAGCUGACACAGAUCCCCUUGUUUAUCACUACUGUGUCUUGACAGCAAUAGCUGGGAAGAUUUCUCUGUGCCCAUACUGACUCGAGAAACUAUUUACAAUGCUGAUGGUAACUACACUUUUAUAUGCCCAGGAAGAAAAGCUAUAGGUGCAGUUAAUCACCACAAGGCUUUUACUGCAUGAAUAUUGUGCUAUAUGUUUCAAGAAGCCUUUCUGCUAGUUCCUAUUUUCUUGGUUGUUCAAAUUGGUAUCCUGGAUCUACCCAGAACAUUUCCAACCGCAGUUAAAUCCUGGAAGCUUGCAGCAUUCUUUUGCAAUAAACAGAGCUUGCUUACCCGGAUGAAGAUGUUGGAGGACCCAGCUUUUAACCAACCUUAGUUAUCUCAAUCGCCUAUGGUUGGCCGACAGCUAUGAGGUAAAUGGCUUACGGUAUCAAUCAUUUGUUAAUUCUACAUUUGAGUAACGCUGUGGGUGCAGUAGCUUUUGCUCUUCCAAAAACACUGGACAGAAAGAUGAGAUUUAUGUCCCACAUGAUGCAAGUAAUCGUUUGAAUGUAAUUUGCGUUUUCCAGCCA